AUGACAUCCCGUCUCGUCCUGGUCAUCGCUGACCUCUACAUCCCGGAUCGAGCUAUUGAUAUUCCCGCAAAGCAGUUCAAGAAGCUACUGACGCCCGGCAAAAUUGGACAGACACUCUGUCUAGGCAAUCUCACCGACAAAGCGACUUUCGAAUAUCUUCGCUCUAUCGCACCCGACCUCAAAAUCGUCAAGGGACGCUUCGAUGUCGAUGCUACGACGCUGCCUCUCUCGCAAGUUGUCACGCAUGGAUCCCUCCGUAUCGGCUUUCUCGAAGGCUUCACCACCGUUGCACCCGCCGAGACUGAUCUACUCCUCGCCGAGGCUAAUAAGCUCGAUGUAGACGUCCUCUGCUGGGCUGGCACUCAUCGUUUUGACGCCUACGAACUCGAAAAUAAAUUCUUCAUCAACCCUGGCAGCGUCACCGGCGCUUUCGCCACCUCCUGGGCUACCGAAGGCGAUGAGGAGCCUGUGCCGAGCUUCUGCCUGAUGGACGUUCAGGGUAUCGGCUUAACUCUCUACGUCUACCAGCUACGCAAAGAUGCGAUGGGCGUCGAAAGUGUCACUGUCGAAAAAGUCACCUAUACCAAGGCCGUCAACACUUGA